AUGUAUAACGAAGAUGUAAAUGAUUAAUACACUGAUCAUGAUGAUGGAAACGGAAACGGUGAUUCAGUACUUACUUAUGAAGAGGAAGAGGAGGAGUACCAGAAAAUUAGAAAAGAGCAUGUAUUUUCAGAGAUAGAUUACACAAAGAGAAAAUCAAAGAUCAUCUGUACACUCGGACCCUCAAGCAGUGAGGUAGAAGAUAUUAUCAAAUUAUUUGAUGAAGGAAUGGCAUGCGCUAGAUUUAAUUUUUCCCACGGUACAGUGAAGAUGUUAGAAAUUAGAGGUAGAGAAAUCAGAACCACUGAAGUAGAUGAUAAAGCCCCAGAAUACUUAGUAGCCUCAGAAGAAACAAAAUGGAAAGAAGGAUUCUUAAUGAGACCAGGACAGCAAGCAUUUAUUAGCUGCGAUAACCUAUUCCAAAAAUGCAUUCCAAGCAGAAUAUAAUGCACCUACAGAGAAUUACCAAAACUUGUAAAGCCUAAUGAUGUGAUCUAUAUGGAUGAUGGCAAGAUCGUGUGUUUAGUAACUGAUUGUGAGCAUAAUGGGAUCCAUAUUGAAAUAAAAGGAGGUGGCAUACUUAGCUCAAGAGCUAAUAUAAAAUUACCAUCAGGUAAACAUGAUAAUUUACCUAUAUUACAUCCGCUUGAUGAAGGUGACCUUAUAUCAUUUGCUCUUAAAAAUAACUGCGACUUUGUUGCAGUUCCAUAUACCAUAAGAAAAAGAGAUAUUCAAUAAGUGCGAGAUGUAUUAGGUCCGAAUGGAGCCCACAUUUAAAUUCUUGCAAAAAUAGACACUGUCGAUUCACUCCAUAACUUUGAAGAAAUUGUGAAAGCAGCUGAUGGAGUUAUUAUUAAUAGAGUCGAGUUAGCUUUAGAGCUUCCAGCUGAGAAACUAAUGCUAGCACAAAAGUGGAUGGUCGAUAGAACUGUAUAAGAGGGCAAGCCUGUAUUUGUUUAAAGUCAAAUACUUGAAAGUAUGAUCUUGAGUGAUCAAGCCAGUAGAUCUGAUGCUGAAGAUGUCUCUGCAACUUUAUUAGAAGGAGUAGAUUCAUUUAUUCUAACUCACGAGACAUCAAUAGGGAAAAACCCAGUCGAUGCUGUCAUUUAAUUAGCAAAAUGCAUCGCUGAGGCAGAAAAUAUUUAUGAUUAUGAUCAAGUCUAUUAGGAUAUUCGUUAAGAUUCAAUCAACAAUUCAAAAAAUCUUUCAACAGUCGAUCUACUUGCAACCACAGCAUGUAAUAUAGCAAUAGAAAGUAAUGUUGAGAUAUUCGUAUGCUUGACAGAAACUGGCAGAAUCGCAAGGUAUGUUGCCAAGUACAGACCCUUUCAAAGUAUUCUAGCUUGCUCAACUAGUUCAGCUGUAGUAAAGCAAGUAAAUCUAAGCAGAGGAGUUAUUGGCUAUAAAAUACCGACUCAUUUAAUCCUUAAGGUUGCCAAAGAGCAAGAACUUUGUAUGGCUGGAAAUAAAGUUCUUAUAUUCUACACUGAGAACGAAGGCAAGAAGAAUGAGACUGUGCAUUUUAAGCUUGUUGAUAUAGAGCAAGACUGA